AUGUAUCUUACAAAUGUCUGGAGAGAGAGACCGAUGCGGAGACACAACCAGAGGAAUGCUAUUCACAGCAAUCGACAGUCCGAUCGAAAAGUGAUGUCCCGUUUGUGUGAUUACACCAGAAAUCUCUUCAGACAAAGAAGGCAGAGGAGGAAUGAAGACAUCCACAAGAAUGCCAUUGAAAGCAAUCCACAGACUAAAGCGAUAGCAAAGGAUUCAAUGGAUAGAUAUGACGACAAUGUGUGCCAACUAUUGCUGUCGUAUUUGCCGUUUGAGGAUCGGUUCCGAUACGAAGGAGUGUCGAAACAGUGGCAACGAGUGCUAUACGAGACCAUCGAUGAGAUCGUUGUCGACCACCAAAUGGUGAGCACAAUGAUUGCCACCGAAACCGCAAAAUACAAGAUAUUUUUUGUGAAACCAAACGGCGAGUUCUUCAUGACAUCAAUGCUUAAUAAGUGUCCAAACAUUAAAAGCAUUGAUAUUCGCAGCGAUGCCGACGCGACUCGAGUUGUGUUCAAAUUGAUGUUUGGAUUGAAGAGAAAUUAUCCCAAUUUACGGGAAAUUCAAUUCAAAAACCAAGAGUUGGACCCGAUUUGGACGAAAUGGGUGUUCACAGUGUUUGGCCCAAUGAUCACUCGAAUGGUCAUCAAUCCAAAGUGCGAUCACAUCAAGUAUAUCAAUGAGUGCCCAAAAUUGACAACACUUUCGACCACUUUUCUGGAUCUAAUGUUUUCACCGGACGGCCAGUUAUUGACGAAGAAUCUCAAGGCUUUGACCACUAAUUUGGAGGUUUCGAUUUCGGACGAAAGGUUUUCGACUUUUAUGGAUCACAAUCUGUCUCUUCAGCUGCUAGUCAUCCGAAUUGAUGGCAUCAUUGGAUCGGCAAAUACUGUCCGCAAAAUGAUGGCACAGUUGUCUCGUUUAUCACAACUAAAAACAUUUGCCGUUCACAUCAAUGACACCCAUUCUUUGGGGUAUUCUCUGUGCGAUUCGCUUAAGACAAUUGGCCAAAUGUGCGGACAAUUAAAGGCAUUUCAAUUCAAAUGCAUUCAAUACAGCGAAUACAGGACUGAAAUACUCAAAAGCAUUGAGUUUAUGCCACAUUUAAAGCAAUUGUAUUUUAAUGGCAGUCCUUUUUAUAUCACCGAAAGCGAGGGUAUGUUUGAGUCGAUGAAAGGAUGGCCACAAUUACAUCAUUUGCAUCUCUAUUCACUUGAUAUUAAUUACCAAUUGUUUCAACAAAUUGAGACAAAUCUACCAAAACUACAACGACUGGCGAUAUGUGAUCGAAAGGGACGCAUAAACAGCAAAUGUUUGGAGAGUUUGGCCACACUUUCACACCUCAAGAGUCUGUAUAUCACAAACACCACCGAAAAGUUACGUAAUAUGAGAUCCGGUUUGACUGCAAUCACAAAAAAGUGCCGUAAAUUGAGUUCAAUUCAGAUCAGAGACACAAAUGGAGAACUCAUUUACUACUAUUCUUAA